AUGCCUGGGACUGAAAGCAAUUGCUGUUUAGUCUCUGNAGGCUGUAAAAAUGACAGACAGACUCACACAGGGGAGAAGCCCUACCAGUGCUCCCAGUGUGGGAAAAGCUUCAAUCAAUUAGGAAACCUAAAGGCACACCAGCGGACUCACACAGGGGAGAGGCCUUACCAGUGUUCCCAGUGUGGGAAAAGCUUCAAUCAAUUAGGAAACCUAAAGGGACACCUGCGGACUCACACAGGGGAGAGACCUUACCAGUGUUCCCAGUGUGGGAAGAGCUUCAAUCUUUUAGCAAUCCUAAAGGGGCACCAGCGGAUUCACACAGGGGAGAGGCCCUACCAGUGCACCCAGUGUGACAAGAGCUUCAUCCGGUCAGCAACCCUAAUGGAGCACCAUCAGACUCACAAAGGGGAAAGGCCUUACCAGUGCUCCCAAUGUGGAAAGAGCUUCACUCGAUUCGGAAACCUAAAGAGACACCAGCAGAUUCACCCAGAGGAACGGCACUACCAGUUCUCCCAGUAUGGGAAGAACUUUGGUCGAUUAAGAACCAUAAAGAAACACCAGUGGUUCCACAGAGGGAAAAGACCGUACCAAUGCUCCCAGUCUAUGUACAGCUUCAGUCAAUUAAUAAGCCUCAAGAGGCACCAGCGGCUUCACACAGAGGAAAGGCCCUACCAGUGCUCCCAGUGUGGGAAGAGAUUUAGUCGGUUAGGAAACCUAAAGGUACACCAGCAGAUUCACACAGGGGAGAGGCCUUACCAGUGCUCCCAGUGUAGGGAGAGCUUCAGUCGAUUAGGAAAUCUAAAGACACAUUGGCGGACUCACACUGGGGAAAGGCCCUACCAGUGCUCCCAGUGUGGGAAGAGCUUUAGUCUAUUAGGAACCCUAAAGAAGCACCAGCGGACUCACACAGGGGAGAGGCCCUACCAGUGCUCCCAGUGUGAGAAGAGCUUUAGUCAGUUAGGAACCUUAAAGACACAUCAGCGGAUUCACACAGGACAGAGGCCCUACCAGUGCUCGCAGUGUGGGAAGAGCUUCAGUCGAUUAGCACACCUAAAGACACAUCAGCGGAUUCACACAGGAGACAGGCCCUACCAGUGCUCCCAGUGCGGGAAGAGCUUCAGUCAGUCAGGAAAUCUGAAGAUACACCAGCGGAGUCACACAGGGGAAAGACCCUACCAGUGUUCCCAGUGUGGGACGAGCUUUAUUCGGUUAGGAACCCUAAUGAAGCACCAGCAGAUUCAUACUGGGGAGAAGCCCUUCCAGUGCUCCCAGUGUGGGAAGAACUUCAGUCGAUUAGGAACCCUAAAGAGACAUCAGUGGAUUCACACAGGGGAGAGGCCCUACCAGUGCUCCCAGUGUGGGAAGAGCUUCAUUCGGUCAGGAAGCCUAAAAGAGCACCAGCAGAUUCACACAGGGGAAAAGCCCUACCAAUGCUCCCAGUGUGAGAAGAACUUCAGUCUAUUAGGAACCCUAAAGAUGCACCAGCGGACACACACUGGAGAAAGACCGUACCAUUGCUCCCAGUGUGGGAGGAGUUUUAGUCAGUUAGGAAACCUAAAGAGACAUCAGCAGAUUCACACAGUGGAGAGGCCCUACCAUUGUUCCCAGUGUGGGAAGACUUUCAGUCAGUUAGGAAACCUAAAGAGACACCAGCACAUUCACACAGUGGAGAGGCCCUACCAUUGCUCCCAGUGUGGAAAGACUUUUAGUCAGUUAGGAAACCUAAAGAGACACCAGCAGAUUCACACAGGGGAGAGGCCUUAACACUGCACCCAGUGUGGGAAGAGCUUCAAUCGAUUAGGACAUAUAGAUCGACACCAGCAGACUCGCAUUAUUGACAUUUCGUUAUCACAGUCAGUCCAAUAAAUGUAUAUGUGUAUUUGUUAGACUUUAUGUGAAAUACCUGUAUGUUGACUUCCCCUCAUGAGUCCUGUUGAUGUGUAGUAUUUGUUUUACAAAGAUUCAGAGGCAUUGUUUAAUGGCUACAAUAUAUUUUGAAGGUAGUCUUCAACUAUAAAACAGCUAGAAUUAGAAACUGUUCAAAAAUUACACCAGCUGACUUGACAUUUGAAUACAUCUGAUUUAAAUUGAGUCAUUUAAUAGUUAAUGCUUUUUGAUUGGGAGGUGAAAUAGAUUAGUAUGUUCUAUGGUCAAAGGACUAAGUUUGGGAAUUGAAAGCUGCAGUUGGCAUAUUUAGUGAUAUCUCAUCAUUUGGACAUCAAGCUUUCUCAGAUGUUUUGGUUUCUGGCUACUAUUGUGUCUUUUGAGAUGCCAUUGUGCACCAUGAGCUGGAAUGAUAGGAAUGUAACUAAAUGCUACCUUACAGCUAA